AGGAAGCUUGAGCACAGGCUCCGUGGGGUGAUGAGGACGGCCAGGCGUGCAAGCAAUGUUGAGGUGCCCUCCUUCCUCCGCCAGCUGGUCAAGGAGACAGAGAAGAUGGUAACAUUUUUUUUCAAAGGGGGAUCCAGAGAAACAGGGUCCGGAGAGGAGGAUAAUUUGGAUGAGGAUGACCCUCUGCCAAGCCCCUACCUGGAGCGUCCCAUUUUGGAGAAGCAUGUGUCAGAGGGGGGAUCUAAUUUGGGGGUGAACUAUGCUGUGGCAAGCAUGCAGGGCUGGAGGGCUCAGAUGGAGGAUGCCCACACCUGUAUGCCCCAGCUGAGAGGAGACCUGGAAGAUUGGUCAUACUUUGCUGUUUUUGAUGGACACGCAGGCAUUACAGUGGCCCAGUACUGUGCCAGAAACCUGCUGGAUCAUAUCCUGGCUACAGGUGAGAUCACAGUAAAUGAGGAUGCUGAGCAGGUGAAGGGGGGAAUCCGUGAAGGCUUCCUGGACAUUGACCGUCACAUGCACAAAUUGGCUCGUCAGGACAACUGGGACAGAAGCGGCUCCACUGCAGCAGGCGUGUUGAUUUCCCCACGCUACAUUUACUUUAUAAACUGUGGGGACUCACGUACUCUGCUCUGCCAUAAUGGCCAGGUGGUCUUCUACACAGAGGAUCACAAGCCCUUUAACCCCAGAGAAAAGGAAAGAAUCCAGAAUGCAGGAGGCUCAGUGACCCUGCAAAGAAUUAAUGGCUCGCUGGCCGUUUCCAGAGCACUGGGAGACUUUGACUUCAAGGAAGUGGACUGGAGGCCACAGACGGAGCAGCUAGUGUCACCAGAGCCAGAGGUGUAUGAGAUGGAGAGGACACCAGAAGAUGAGUUCCUCAUUCUGGCAUGUGAUGGCGUGUGGGAUGCCAUUGGGAAUGAGGAACUCUGUGCUUUUGUGCGCAGUCGCCUGAAGGUGUGCGAUGACCUGAGAGAGAUUUGUACCCAAGUCAUUGACCUCUGCCUCUAUAAGGGCAGCUUGGAUAACAUCAGCAUCAUCAUCGUCUGCUUCCCAGGUGCCCCCCAGGUGUCACCGGAGGCGCUGCAACAGGAAGCAGAGCUGGAGCAGCAGAUUGAUUUGAAAGUGGAAGAAAUCAUCCAGAUGAUGAGGUCCAAAGAGGAAGAUCCGGACCUUCUGUAUGUGAUCAAAUUCCUGGCAGCAGAAGAGAUUCCAGGACUUCCGCCAGGCGGAGGCAUCACCAGCAAGAGAGACUGCAUCAUAUCCUCAUAUCAGAAACAUGUCAUGGCCCACAGGCCUCAGGAGCCUAUGGACAUCGAGGGAUCGGAGGAAGACUCAAACUAAAACUGUGACAAUGGAAACAGGAUCAGCACCAGCUUCACCGUCUCUGUGGAAACCAAGAUGCAUGAACAAGAAGUUUUACAUUUUAGAUGAGAACUAAACUUUUUC